GGCCCGCAAGCCACCAGAUCUUUUUUCACCCUGCCUGCCGCUUCCGUCUCGCUUCCGGCUUCUCUGGCACGCCCCCGACCAACCCCCGCCAUGGCGCUCGCUUCCGGCACGUCCAGCACCCUCCUCGGCCGCCCCGCCGGCACCGCGCGGCCCCACCUCGCGGUCUCGUCCUCCGCCUCAUCGAUCCGGUUCCCCCGCGGCGGCGGCGGCAGGGCCGUCUCGCUCCGCGUCACCUCCCCUCCAGUAGCAGCGGCGGCAGCGGCAACAUCUGGUAGUAUUGCUCCAGCUAUUUCGUUGACCGAAAAGGCCUUGAAACAUCUGAACAAAAUGAGGGCUGAACGGGAUGAAGAUCUGUGUUUGAGAAUUGGAGUGAAACAGGGUGGCUGCUCUGGCAUGUCUUAUACCAUGGAGUUUGAAAGUCGAGCGAACGCCAGCCCUGAUGAUUCAAUUGUAGAAUAUGAUGGGUUCGCAAUAGUAUGUGAUCCAAAGAGCCUUCUCUUCAUGUUUGGAAUGGAGCUGGACUACAGCGACGCGCUUAUCGGCGGUGGCUUCUCCUUCCAGAAUCCAAAUGCAACAAAAACCUGUGGGUGUGGCAAAUCUUUCGCGACCAGCAAAGAAACUGAGAGUGCCGCAACUGCUUGCAACAACUAAGAUAGAUCGACAAUCAUGUCAAGCAGUGUUGUAACAUGCCAUCUAGCUUGCAUCAGCUGGAUUCUGGUGGCUAUGCCCCAGAUGCAUACAGAAGACUGUAAGAGUGACUCGAUUUGUAAUACUGCAGUCAGCAGUCUAGUAUGUAUUCAGCAAUAUGUUACUGCUGUAAGCCUGUAAACUGCUCAAUAGAAUUCAAAGAUAGUUUACCAUUGGCCCCA